AAUAAAAAUAAUAAAUAAACAAACAAACCCAAAUUAUGAAAAUUAAAAAUUUUCAUUAAAGAGAAAAAGAAGACGGAGAAGCGAAAGCUAAUGGAGAAACACUGAGCCGAAAUCAACCCAAACAGGAGGAAAUAGAACAGCACCCAACUCACACCAAAAAAUUUUUCAAACUUUGUUGGGAAGAAUUUAGAGAUCUAUAGCUGCAAAAUAAUCUGAAUGGCGCAACCAGGGCCGGGUACAAUGGACCCCGCCAUACUAGAUGACAUUAUCAACAGGUUAUUGGAGUCUCGGCAUGCCAGGCCGGUCAAGCAGGUUCAGCUCAUGGAGAGCGAGAUCCGCCAACUGUGUACGGCUUCCAAGGAAAUCUUCCUUCGACAACCCAAUCUUCUUGAGCUAGAAGCCCCCAUCAAGAUCUGCGGUGACAUUCAUGGGCAGUAUUCUGAUCUUUUGAGGCUUUUUGAGUAUGGGGGUUUUCCUCCCAAUGCCAAUUAUCUAUUCUUAGGAGACUAUGUUGACCGUGGCAAACAGAGUUUGGAAACUAUUUGCCUUUUGCUUGCAUAUAAAAUUAAGUACCCUGAGAACUUCUUUCUUCUAAGAGGAAAUCAUGAAUGUGCUUCCAUUAAUCGGAUUUAUGGAUUUUAUGAUGAAUGUAAACGCCGGUUCAAUGUCAGGCUUUGGAAGACCUUUACUGAUAGUUUUAACUGCCUUCCAGUGGCCGCUCUCAUAGAUGAUAAAAUAUUAUGCAUGCACGGUGGCCUUUCUCCUGAUCUAACACAUUUGGAUCAGAUUAGGAAUUUACCUCGUCCAACUGAUGUUCCAGAUUCUGGUUUGCUUUGUGAUUUACUUUGGUCAGAUCCUGGUAGAGAUGUCAAAGGCUGGGGAAUGAAUGACCGUGGAGUCUCAUACACUUUUGGUGUAGAUAAGGUUGCAGAAUUUUUAACUAAGCAUGAGAUGGAUCUUGUUUGUCGUGCCCAUCAGGUUGUUGAGGAUGGGUAUGAAUUCUUUGCUGACAGACAGCUUGUUACAAUAUUUUCUGCUCCCAACUACUGUGGUGAGUUCGAUAAUGCUGGUGCAAUGAUGAGCGUUGAUGAAAGCUUAAUGUGCUCUUUCCAAAUUCUCAAGCCAGCUGAAAAAAAAUCUAGGUUCGGUUCGACAAUGAUGUGAAGACUUUUUUCCUCUUAUGAUUGCAAGUGAUUAAAAAGUUGAAGGCGGAAGAAGAAUGGCAUUAAAAAGUUGGAUAUUAUCAUCAUCAUCAUGCAUGUUGAGAUGAGUUUUUUGUUCAAAUUGUUGUGUUACAUGAUAGGAGCUCUGUGACUUCUCAAGUUUAAAAAUGCCAACUAUUUUUAGGGAAGUGGCUGGCAAGAAAGAAAGCCUCUAAUUUCACACGCUUCUUAAUUAGUACUACUUCCUCAAAUAUUUUAUGGUACUUGCUGUAUAUACAUUUGAUUUGUAAAUGACUGCAACCGUAGUCAAUGAACAUUGAACACCCCUCUUUUGCAAGA